AUGGCGCACCCAGGCACCGCCCACAAAUACACCAAAGGCCUCAUCGCCUUCGAACACGCCUCUACACACACUUCGUCCUCCUACAACACCAUCCUCUGGAUAGGCGGUCUAACAGACGGCCUCCUCACCGUACCUUACCCUGCCUCUAUCGCCGCCUCCCUCCCACCAACCUGGUCCCUCGCCGAAGUCCUCCUCACCUCCUCCUACAGCGGCUGGGGCACCGGUAGCCUCGCGCGCGACGCGACUGAACUCGGGGAAUGCGUGGCAUACUUCAAGAAAUUGAGACCGGGGAAGAAGAUUGUGCUCAUGGGACAUUCGACGGGGUGUCAAGAUAUCAUGGAAUAUUUACUGGGGAAAGGAAAUGAGGCGAAGGAGAAAGUAGAUGGCAUAAUACUGCAGGGUGGUGUCAGUGAUAGGGAAGCUUGGGAAGACUACUACAAAGAAGGGGAGAGGAGAAAACAGCUCGACAACGCGAUUGCGACGGCGAAGGUCAUGGUCCACACGGGGAAGGGGGAGGAAGUCCUGUCGCCAGAAAGCAAUCCCGUCUUCAAAGACAUGGGCGGUCCCCUAAACGCCUACCGCGCAUACUCCCUCCUCGCCAAAGGCGGCGACGACGACUACUUCUCCAGCGACCUAUCCGACGAACACUUCGCAACAACAUUCGGCCGCAUACCACCAACAACACCCGUCUGCUUCCUCCUCGGCUCCGACGACCCCUACGUCCCCGCCAGCAUCGACCGAGCAGCUCUACUCCAGCGCUGGACGAGGAUAAUACGAGAAGGCGGCGGUGUUGUCGAUGAUGAAGAUGGUGGUGUGAUACCGGGUGCACAUCAUAAUCUUGAUGGGGAUCCGGAGGAGGUAGUCCAGGAUCUCGUGAGGAGGGUGCUUGGGUUUGUCACUGGGUUGGACGACAAAACUAGGUCGUGGCACGCGUAG